CGCCAGAGAUUCUCGGCGUUUGUCAACAGACCGCUGUGGAGUAAAUGCCCCCGGAAGUGGCAUGCUGACCCCCCUCCGCUUCCAUAAAAUGCACCCCAUGCUGCCCGCCCGAACCGACCAGAACUCUAAUCGGUUCUGAUCGGUUGUCGAUGGAAAAAGUUCGGGAGCGGCUGGCGGAGUUCUCCCUGGAGGCUCACGAUCUGUACCUGAACCAGUCCGUGCCGUACCUGGACGGUCCGCCCGAACCCCUGCAGUUCUACCGGGACUGGAUCGGGCAGAACAAGCCCUGCAUCAUCCGUGACGCCUUCAGCCACUGGGCGGCGCUGUCCAGGUGGACGCCGGAUUACCUCAGGCAGAAGAUAGGGUCAAAGGUCAUCAGCGUGGCAGUGACCCCGAAUGGCCUCGCCGACGCCGUGGUGGGGGAUCGGUUCAUCAUGCCUGAAGAACGCCAGAUGAGCGUGGCGUCUGUGCUGGACAUCAUCGAAGGAAAGGUCCAGGAACCCGGAGUCUUCUACGUCCAGAAGCAGUGCUCCAACCUGCUGCAGGAGCUGCCCGAGCUCGUGGACGACGUGGAGACGCACGUCUCCUGGAUGAGCGCCGCACUCGGAAGGUCACCUGACGCCGUCAACUUCUGGCUCGGAGAAGAGAACGCCGUCACAUCCAUGCACAAGGAUCCGUACGAGAACCUGUACUGCGUGAUCUCCGGGGAGAAGCGGUUCCUGCUGCUGCCGCCGACCGACCGGCCCUUCAUCCCCUACGACAUGUUCCAGCCCGCCGUUUACCGUCGGCGUGACGACGGCGAGUUUGAGAUCGUGGAUGAGGUCGACUCUGAGAAGGUCCCGUGGAUCCCUCUGGACCCGUUAGACCCAGACCUGGAGCGGUUCCCUCAGUACCGGUGGGCUCGGCCGAUCUGCUGCAGCGUGAAGGCCGGAGAGAUGCUGUACCUGCCGUCGCUGUGGUUCCACCACGUCCGGCAGUCACACGGCUGCAUUGCAGUGAACUUCUGGUACGACAUGGACUACGAUAUCAAGUAUAACUACUUCCAGCUGCUGGAGUCGCUGAGCGAAGCCUCCAGGUCAACGUGAUGCCUGCAGGCCAUCAGCAGCGCCCCCUGGAGGUCACUUCUGUAAAUGUGAAUUUUAAUGCAAAAUAAAUAUUUGUAAAUUUGU